CACUUGUCUGGCGUGAAUUGGCUACUACUGCACUGAGAACCAUCCACCCAAUGAUCACGAGCCCGCCGUCGCUGCGGCGUCCGUCGUUGCGCCUGCCUUCACUUCGCCCGUUGGCUCCUCUCUGAUCUCUGCCUCAUUGCCGCCGCUGGAUUAUGGAGCGCCGUCCCAAACUCCCUAAGGCCCACCAACCCAACACUUGUGAAAUAAAAAAAUAAAAUAUAAAAUAUUUGGGGAGAAAGCAAAUGGAUGAGACGAUGCCAAGUUAAGUUACAGCAACGAAAAAGAAAAGAAAGAGUGCCAAAUGACCCUCUCUCUCAGAUCCUCAAGAACCUCCAUAACCCUCGCUAUGCGCUUCUUUCCUCUGUGCACCUCCACUUCCACCGCCACCGACUCCUACCCUGACCUUCUUUACGACGUCCUUCCCGACACCACCUCCAACAACCCUCCUCCUUCUUUAGUUUUCGAUCAGCUUCAUGCCGCCGUUUCCCAACCUGAGCUUCUGGUUCGGCUACUUUAUUCCGUUCGGGAUCGACCCUACGCCGCCCUAAGGUCCUUUCGUUGGGUGGAGCGUCAACCAGGCUUCAAGGGAUCUGAUCUUGCAUUUGCCGUUAUUCUCGAGAUCCUCGCUCAGAACGGCUUGAUGACGUCGGCCUACUGGGUCAUGGAGAAGCUUCUGCUUACGGUUAGAACCGAAGCUGUUAUGGACGUUUUACUUCACGGUAAUUCUUCUGCUUCUUCCUCUUCCUCUUUGGUUAAGCUGCUUGAUUUGUUGCUUUGGAUUUGCACUAAGAAGCUGAUGCUUGAGAAAUGCUUGUUGGUUUUUUACAAGAUGAUUCAUAAUGGUUUCUUGCCCGAUGUCAAGAAUUGCAAUAGGGUUCUUAGGAUGCUUAGGGAUAGGAAAAUGGCCAACAAAGCUAGGGAGGUUUAUAGUGUUAUGGUGGAGUGUGGGAUUAAGCCUACAACUGUUACUUAUAACACUAUGCUUGGUGCCUUUUGCAAGGAAGGGGAGGUGGAGCAGGCGCUGGGCCUCUUGCUUGAGAUGCAGCGCCGGGGUUGCUCGCCCAACGAAGUCACUUAUAAUAUUUUGGUGAAUGGUUUGUCUGACAAAGGGGAAUUGAAUCAGGCCAGGGAGCUUAUUGAGGAGAUGUUGAGGUUGGGCUUCAAGGUUUCGGCUUACACAUAUAACCCUCUGAUUCGCGGGUGCUACAAGAAAGGCUUGCUUGAACAAGCCUCAAGCGUUGGGCAGGAGAUGUUGAGUAGAGGAGUUUUGCCCACGGUCGUGACCUACAAUACCAUUAUGUAUGGUCUUUGCAAGUGGGGAAGAGUGAGCAAUGCUAGGCAGCUGUUAUCGGUUAUGGGAGAUAGGGAUUUGGUGCCGGACUUAGUUUCGUAUAACACACUAAUUUAUGGUUAUAGUAGGUUGGGAAACAUGAGGGAGGCAUUUCUCAUGUUUGAUGAGUUGAGAAACAGAUGCCUUGUACCUAGUGUGGUGACCUAUAAUACGCUUAUAGAUGGUCUUUGCAGGGUGGGGGACUUGGAUGCUGCUCGGCAUCUAAAAGAUUAUAUGAUCGAUCGAGGGCCUCAUCCUGAUGUAUAUACUUUUACAAUUCUUGUAAGAGGAUCCUGUAUGAUGGGAGAUUUGCCGAUGGCUAAGGAGCUAUUUGACGAGAUGCUUUGUAGAGAACUGCAGCCCGAUCGUUAUGCAUACAUAACUCAAAUAGUAGGUGAACUGAAGCUUGGUGACUCAUCUAAAGCUUUUGGUAUGCAAGAAGAAAUGCUAGCCAAAGGCUUUCCCCCUGACUUGAUAACAUAUAACAUCUUUGUUGAUGGGCUCUGUAAAUUGGGCAAUCUGGAUGAAGCAAGUGAACUAGUGCAGAAAAUGAUCAAAGAUGGACUUGUUCCAGAUCAUGUAACAUAUACUAGCAUUAUCCAUGCUCACCUGAUGGCUGGCCAUCUUAUGAAGGCUAGAGUGAUGUUCAAUGAGAUGUUGAGCAAAGGGAUAUUUCCUUCAGUUGUCACUUACACAGUGUUGAUUCAUUCAUAUGCAAUCAGGGGAAGGCUGGAGCUUGCUAUUAUGUAUUUCUAUGAGAUGCAAGAGAAGGGUGUGUAUCCAAACGUGAUCACCUACAAUGCUUUAAUCAAUGGACUUUGCCGAGUGAGGAAGAUGGAUCAGGCAUACAAAUUCUUUGUGGAGAUGCAAGCAAAGGGUAUUUCUGCAAAUAAGUAUACAUAUACUAUUUUAAUAAAUGAAAACUGCAACGCAGGCCAUUGGCAAGAAGCUUUGAGGUUGUAUAAAGAUAUGCUUGACAGAGAUGUUCAGCCUGAUUCUUUCACCCAUAGUGCACUAUUCAAGCAUCUAAGGAAAGACUAUCGAUUGCUUGUCCUUCAGCAACUUGAGAAUCUAACUGGAGCUGCUUUCAAAAUUACGAGAUGUUCCAAUACGUGAAGAAUGCCCCCUCAUUUAUCAUCUAGAUGUAGCUGCUAUGUAUCCAAACAUAAUUUUGACAAAUCGACUUCAGCCACGUCAAUUGUUUCAGAUGAGGUUUGCACUGCAUGUGAUUUCAACCGUCCUGGAAAGACAUGUCUACGCAAACUUGAGUGGGUUUGGCGUGGAGAAACAUUCAUGGCAAA